UCAAAACAGUCUGCGCGAUUGACUCGGCGCACGCACACGCAGCCAGUUUCACGCUCCUGUAGUCACGUUGUGUUUUCAGAGAGUGUAGCGUUAAACUGACGAUGUGGCGAUCGGGUUGGACGACGGCCGUCAGCUGCCAAUCGCAGGUGCUUACCACAAGCAUAGAUUAGCCUUGCUUUGCCAAUAUGUUAUGCCGUCUGGAAGCCACACAAAUGCUGCGCUGGCUGUCGGCGUGGAUAUGCCAUGGGAUCACUGAGCGGCGGCUCGCAAGAUGAAGACGAGGAUGCAGAAUGUCAGGAAAGACGACACUGGUGCCCUCCCAGCAAAGCCGAUUACAGCACGCCUUUGUGGCGAUGGACCUGUAACGGUCUCUAAGCCUCAUCUUUCCAUCGAUUCGCGCUGAGGAGUUGUAUUUGCAUAAGAAUAAAACGAAACUACUGGAGCCCUCUUGGCCACUUGUUGACGACUCAGCUGGAUCAAUCCUGAAGUAUCACUUUCAACUGUUGUUUCUGCCUCUCACAGAGAGACGGUAUCCUCAGAGAGAGCGAUUUAAAAUUUUCCUAAAGCGGCUGGCGGUACGGUUUCAGCUGCUUCCGGUGUGUUGCUUCACCCUGCCUGGUGUCUUUCGGCUCGGGGCGAUUAUAUCAAAACUUCUUUCUUUCCAGAAGGAAAACAACCUGCGUCUACUUUUUUUUGUCCAACCAUUGGUGUUGAUGUAACUCGGUAUUCCGCACGGACAGUUUGUGGCGUGAGAUUCGAUCUACCGCAUCGCACAGGAUGGGAACCAUGGAGGGCUUGGUUGUCGGGAGCUGUUGCGUCCUGGCCCUGCUGGCCGUCGUCCGGGGCUUGUUGCCCGCCGCCCCCGUCCAGGAACUUUGCCCCAACGGGGAGGUGUACGACGCCGACAUGAGGAUGUGCGUGGACUGCAACAUUUGUGAUGAUUUUCCGGAGACGUCGAUAUGCGACCAGUGUGGCACCAAUUGGGCUCUCUACGGUGGCAACGAGCAGAAGCUGUACGAGGACCUCAUGCGGAACUACAACAAGAAGGUUCGGCCUGUCUGGAAUUCGUCCUCCAUCGUCAAAGUCAGCCUGGCGCUCUCCGUUAUUCAAAUUCUGGAAAUGGACGAACGGAAUCAGAUCUUAACCACCAACGUGUGGAUUGAGCAGCACUGGGAAGACGAGAAAAUGAGGUGGGAUUCUGACGACUAUGGCGGCAUCACCAUCCUAAGAAUCCCCGCUACGGAGCUCUGGGUACCAGACAUAACACUCUACGAUAAUGCCGACUCAAACGACUACGUGUCGACCAGCCGCACCUCCAAUGCGCUGGUCAACAAUAACGGCACAGUGGACCUCUGGUCCAAGCCCUGCCUGCUCAAGAGCACCUGCAAAAUCGACGUGAAGUUCUUCCCCUUCGACUACCAGGAGUGCAGCAUGAAGUUCGGCUCCUGGACCUACAACAGCUUCCAGAUGGACCUGACCAAGGUGUUUGACGACGCAGACCUGAGCAGCUACGUGCCCAACGAACAGUGGAACUUGACCUACGCCGUGGUGCGCCGGCACGCCAUCAAGUACAUCUGCUGCCCAGAGGAGUACCUGGACGUCACCUUCUAUUUCGGGCUGCAGCGCAAGCCCUUAUACUACAUCUACAACCUGAUCAUGCCCUGCAUCCUGCUGUCCUCGCUGGCCAUGCUGGGGUUCUUCAUGCCCUAUGACGUCGGGGUGGUCAAGGUGUCUCUCAGCAUCACCCUCAUCCUGUCUCUGACGGUGUUCUUGCUGCUGGUUGCCGAGAUGAUGCCACGGACGUCAGAAGAGGUCCCGCUCAUUGGUCAGUACUACGCCGCCACGAUGUUUUUGAUUUCCAUUUCUACUGCUAUGAAUGUGUUCGUCUUGAACGUGAACGAGCGGGGAGGUUUGAACGGUAAGGAAGUUCCGCGCAUCCUACGGACCAACGCCUUCGAGUUCCUGGCAGGCAUUUGCUUGGUAGGGCCCUGCCCGAACAGGAAGAAGCGCCGGGACCACAGCCAUCACGAGGCCCACGAGCUCAAGUACAAAGUGGUGAACACCUCCCAAGGCACGGCGCCCAUCAGCUUCCAGCCUCCCGGCAGCGGCGGCGGCGGCAGCAGCAACGGCGGCCGCAGCGUGCGGUUCAGCGCCAACCUGCACACGUCUUACCCUGAGCACGAGAUCCUGAUGGACGAGACUGUGGACCACCACGGCGACAGUAGCGAGCGGCGACUGGCCAAACUGGAGAGGAGCGUAGAGGGCAUCCUCAAACACAUGAAGAACUUGCAGAAGAGGAAAGAGAAGCAACAACAGCUCAAAGCGGACUGGGCCCGGGUGGCGCUGGUCAUGGACCGAGUGCUUCUGAUUAUCUUCGUCAUGUGCACCUGCACCACCGCGUUAGUUCUCCUCCUUCAGCGAUCUCCAGAUAAAGUACCGCCCUCUCUGGAUACAGACUCGUGAACCUAGUGAACAACGCAUGCAAGGUGUACUCAAGAAUACUUGACCCCAACAAAUUGACGUCGACACUAUAAAUGGUGUAUUUAAUGCAAUCAUAGAGCUGGGAACGUUCCUAGGUCUAUGAUGUAAAAGUUAUUAUUGUGACCUGUCUACUAACAAAACUGAUGUAAUUAAGCCUUGCAACAUGCAUGAAUCUCAGCUUCGGAGAAGCCUCCGCACAAUACAUUUCUCGUCUUGGCUGCUGUUUAUCCUUAGUGGUCAACAGCAGUCCUACUUUGUUUGAAGUGCAGGUCGUUAUUCUCAAUUUGUCGUAGCUGCCUAUAAUCAUGCGUCAUCCCUUUGAGAGCGACAUUGUCCGUUUAUGCAUUAUUGCGUUUGGGUCCGUGCUUGUUUUGCCGAUGAAGAGGCUUUGUUAUUCUCACUGAAGUAUAGUUUUGUGGAAGCAACCUUAUAUUCCUAAUAAUACAAAAUAUACUUGAUUGCCCCAAAAUUUGAUCUUGACGUAUACUUUGAGAUAAUGCGUGGUCUUUUUGCAUGUUGUAACGUAUUGUGAGCCGUUUCACGAACCUGAACUUUGGUCGCUUUUUAUGACCCUGCAUCUCCAGUCAGGCUGGAAAAUCCUAUCAGUCAGAUUGAAAACUUCUGGUCUGGAUUGUUACAUGCUGUAACGAGUACUGACAUACACGUGUAGCUAAUUGACUCCGCAGAUAGGGUCAUAUCCUGGUAUUGCCGGGAGUUUACAAUCACGAAGCUGGACGCGGAACCGCCACCGAGCUUUGACCGUCUGACCCGACGGUUUGGGACUGAAGACACUGACACUGGACUUACAUGUGACUGACAGCGGACGGCAGAGGACAAUGGCAGAAAAAAAAUCAGUCGACUCUGGCAACUGCCUGCCCGAUGAACCGAAUGACGUGAUGGCACCCAUGACCUUUGGACGUUUAGAUGCCGAAGCCUGAGUUUGUGAGAUGGCCACGGCCUUUAUAAGGUGUGUGCACUCAAUGAGCGGUCUCACUGUAGCUGGGAUAAACAAGAAAUUCCUGUGAACUUUGAAACUGAAGUUGCAUGCCCCUUCAACCAACCGGUUUCCCACAUGUGUAGUGUCGACACAUGCAAACUUGGUUCAUGGCAAGGCGACUGCUCACUGGUCGCAAAUCAUGAAAGCUUUACUGAGAGCGCUUCUCUAGCGCCUCUUCAUGGGGCAAUUUAAAUUCAAAAUCAACAAUCACAGCUAACGUCGUCCCUUGAGUCAUAUGGUUUUUACCUUUCUCCGCACAGAAGAAAUUAUCUUCGAGCACUGUGUGUGAUUGAUCCUUAUAGAAAACAUGUACCCCCAAAGCACACCUUUUUGAAGCUUGGAUCUGUAAAACAAUCUCCCGUCGCACCUAGAGGUGCAAAACCGUACACAGAGAGGCCAUGUCAUUUUUUCUCCAAAUUUCAACACAAAACUACACCAUGGGAGCACAUUUUGAUGUUUACUUUGCACAGGAAACAAUACAACUGCUCAACUUUGAUCAGUGAGCAUAUUUAUAGCAGGUGGAUCUGGAUCUCAAUCAGUGAUCCCAACGCUGGUUCGCUCCAUCCGUGAGAUGGGUGGUGGUGUCAGUUAACCAACGACGGAUUGAUGCUCCUGAAACAAACAGGUCCUAUAUUUUGCCAUUCACUCCUGCAUUGAACCUCCAUGUACGCCCCCAGCCUACAUGUAUAUUAAUGCAAAACACGUCAUGCAUUACCUCGUGUCGCACUUUUCUCCUAACACCGCUCCGCUGAGGCGUUCGUUCUGUAGCGCCCUCAUUGGCAAUUUGUCGCUUAUUAUCGGUUUUUCAAAACAUGAAACGAUAUCACUGACAUGAAAAGUUGGUGUUUUCCUUUAACCUUUUUAAAUCUGUACUUGUGACGUUUAAAUGAAGAGGGAGACAGGAGAAAAUAACUGUUUCUUAAAAAUACAGUACAUACAAUAGAGUACCUUGCAGUGGACGGUGUAUUUCGAAAGUACUACCUGCCCCCCCCCAACCUACGGGUGCAGAUAAUAUAACUUAGGCACGUUCUGCACCUAUGUAUGCCAUGUAUAUCAAAUAACCUUGGGUGUAAAGUCAAUUUCAAUGUUUUGGGAGAAAAGCUUUUUCGCCACCUUGGCAUGGCACGCCUUGGUGAAGCGAGUUGGUGACCGGAGCUUUUCAAGCGUGCAGACAAAGGAAGGUGUCAAGAGGGAGGGGCGCUCGUUGACAGCGUGCGAUGAAUAGUCAAGGUGAAUGUUAUCACAGGAUGUAUGGUUUUGUUUAGAAAUUACAAAACCUGUCCUGGUUGAGAGCACAGGAUACUAGGCUUCAGAAUGGGUCCUUUAAUACACUCCUUGAGUAUUCUUUGCAGUAUGUUCAUGGUUUAACAAGCAACACAGCUGUGGGUUCCCCAUUGCAACGCGAGUGUAUUAUAGUACAUGGAUGUCUAUCGCCAAAUGUAAUCCACGGUCAUUGUUCCUACAUCAUGCGAAAGUACAAUUAAGGCAGUGUCAUGGUGCUAGGAAACUAACGUGUUGCAGAUGUAGUGCUCGUGUCGUGGGGAGGAGCCUUGAAAAAACGCGGGGGGACGGGAUAUACAAUCGACUAUUCUUCCUUCGACCCUUUUAGCAUUAGUAUUAUUGCAAGGAAUUUGUGCCGCCAACGCAUCACGGGAUUGCAAGUGGACAUUAUUGUGCACAUGAACGGAUAAUAUUUGUCAGUGCGCUUUUAAGAGUGUUCAGUAUAAUGGUACAUUAUAUCGAAGUACAUUUUAUUUUAGAAAUUGACACAAAUUCACGGAGUCCGUUUACGGAGGCCAAAAUAUUACUGACUCUUUUUUCUUGCAUAGCAUCGCGAAGCGUAGCAUAACAUUUACUAAUCUUGGUAUAUACGCGUAUUUUUCGUGGUAUCUAAUUUAUAAAAGGGGUCAUUUUUGAACCACUCCUUUUUACGCGUCAUGCAAGCUUUAUACCUUAUUCACUGAGCAAUAAACGACUAGGAAAUCCCGAGCCGGGCUUUUCUCCAUCAGACUCGACGCUCGACAAGAUGGCGGACGGGCAGUGACAGAUCGAAGAGGGAGAACAUGAGUUAAAAUGAAAUAUGGUUUUUGAUGUUCGGGGGAGGAUAUUUGGAAGUACGCGGCCUUGCCCUCACUUUGACAGCAAGUACCUUUCUAAACAGAAUUGGGAACUCCUUGAGUAUAGUAAUAACCUUGUUCAGUCAUGUUUUAUCUUCCGCAAUGUGAAAUUAUGAGAUGGUACAUGAGAUCGUGCAUAUCAACUUCAUGACCUUGCCACAUGUCAGUAUAGACCUACAGUUUCUGGCUACACCGGAAAAUCGUAAUCUCCGAACAUUUUUCUAAUAGCAAACGACAUUGGUGGCAUGUUGAAGCAAAAUAGAAAAACCUCGUAAAUGAACCAGUUUGGUCUUUCAAGAAAGGCAAGGUCAUUCGGGAGCUGUGCACGCACGCGAGCCCGCCUAGGGCCCUUCUGAUUUGGCCUCGGGCGCGCUUUGCUUUGGUCAUGCGUUGUUGGGUUACCGUACCAAACUGGUUCAUUGAUUAACCAUAAUAAUUAUUCGGGAUCCUCUCAACUUUGUUCUCAAUAAAUGCAACGACUAUAGACGAAAAUAUGAAAAUGACAAGCGUAAUUGUUUACCACGUGAUGCAUUUUUUUAACUUCCACGUAUUCAGCCUGUCUCUCUGCUUUUGUUCUGAUUAUUUGUAAAUGACGUUACGCGUUUGCUGUAUUUGAGUAACUCUAAUCAAUAAAUUCAUAUGUUGAAUGCAUCAAUACAUCUUAAUAAGUGGAAUAUACAAGCUUUAUGCUUUAUUCCACUGCAACUCUCAACUGAGAAUAUUUGAAAAAUAUUAAUUAAAAAAAACGUUUUUUACUAUGUAGUAUUUUAACCUACCUCCGUGUUGGGCUCCUGGUAUUAAUUUUUAUCAAAAAUAUUGUGAGUGAUUGAGAAAAUAAUGGAAUUAAAAUAAUAAACUAAUGCUCUGUUUGAA